UUUAACGGCCUCAAACUGCCAACACAGAAACCAAGGAAGCACCAAAAGCACUAAAAAGCAGCUGCAGAGAUGCUGUGCAGAACAGCCACUGCGGCUUCUCAUUCACUCAUUGUUGCUUCUUCCUCAAAUGCAUCCAAAUCCUUCGCCAAUUUUAACCACAGUGUCCCCAGAUUCUUGGGAUUCGGCCACUUUUCCCGCACUCUAUCCGAUUGUUCUUCUUCUGGGUCUGUGAGUUUUGGAUGGAAUAGUAGCGGCAAGAGGAGAUUUAGCAGGUCUGGAAUGGAGAGCUUCACUGUUCGUGCUUCGGCGCAGCCACUCAAGAACGCCGAUGAGCUUAUUGACUCUGUUGAGACCUUCAUUUUCGAUUGCGAUGGGGUUAUUUGGAAAGGGGACAAACUAAUAGAUGGAGUUCCAGAGACCCUUGAUAUGCUUCGGUCAAAGGGAAAACGAUUAGUUUUCGUCACCAACAAUUCAACAAAGUCCAGGAAGCAGUAUGGUAAAAAGUUUGAGACACUUGGUCUUAAUGUCACUGAGGAAGAAAUCUUUGCAUCAUCUUUUGCUGCCGCCGCAUAUUUGAAGUCCAUCAAUUUUCCAAAAGAGAAAAAGGUUUAUGUGAUUGGUGAGGAUGGCAUCUUGAAAGAACUUGAACUUGCUGGAUAUCAAUACCUCGGUGGACCGGAUGAUGGUGGGAAGAAGAUAGAACUGAAGCCAGGAUUUCUGAUGGAGCAUGAUGAGGAUGUGGGUGCUGUUGUGGUCGGAUUUGAUCGAUACUUUAACUACUACAAAGUUCAGUAUGGGACACUCUGCAUACGGGAAAACCCAGGCUGCCUCUUCAUUGCAACUAAUCGUGACGCUGUCACUCAUCUGACGGAUGCACAAGAGUGGGCAGGUGGUGGUUCGAUGGUCGGUGCUCUUUGCGGGUCGACUCAACGCGAGCCAUUGGUUGUUGGGAAGCCCUCAACUUUCAUGAUGGACUACUUAGCAAACAAGUUUGGGAUUCUGAAGUCACAAAUAUGCAUGGUUGGAGAUAGAUUAGAUACUGAUAUUCUGUUUGGACAGAAUGGUGGCUGCAAGACUCUUCUUGUUUUAUCAGGUGUUACAAGCUUGGCAACACUUGAAAGUCCAAACAACUCAAUACAACCAGAUUUCUACACCAACCAAAUUUCAGAUUUCCUCUCUCUCAAAGCUGCCCCUGUAUGAUCACAUUACUCACCAUGUUCACUCAAUUUGUAUCAUCAAAACUAUUUGUGGGAUCCAAAUUUAUAAAUUAAAAUUUUAUGUGAACUCAAUAUUUAUA